AUAUCCGGCCAUGUCUUUGGAAAGUCAACCCCAAAGAGUUGCCAUUGUGGGCGCUGGACUUGUGGGCUGCCUAGCGGCGCUCGCACUCGCCAACGCCGACAAAACGAACCCCGCCGCUCCAGCGUACGAAGUGACGCUUUUUGAAAUGCGCCCGGACCCUCGUUUGCAGAAAGCUUCCGGCCAACUCCGCUCGAUCAAUCUUGCGGUUUCUGACCGCGGUAUUCGCGCCCUUAACGCCAUAGACCCGCAGAUGGCGCGGCGCGUGCUUGCGGGGAUGAUCCCGAUGUACGGGCGAAUGAUCCAUCACAAGCAAGAUUCUCAUGGCGAAUGCCGCCAGGAGAGUCAGCAGUACGGGUUGUACGGCGAAGGAAUCAACUCUAUCGACCGUGGGGUCUUGAACAACAAGUUACUCGAUGAGCUCGAUGCCGUGGGGGUUCAGGCGUUGUUUCACCACAAGUUGACCAGCAUGGGCAUGGGCGAAAAGCCAACGUUGUUCUUCAACGACGAAACAGCUCCCCACGAGUUUGAUUUCAUUCUCGGCUGCGACGGCGCCUUCUCCGCUACACGGUUUCACUUACAGAAGCAUAUGCGUAUGAACUUUGCCCAGGAAUACAUCAGCAAGAUGUACUUGGAGUUGUACAUACCACCAGCCGUGGGCGCAGACAAGUUCAGUAUCGACAAGAAUCACUUGCACAUUUGGCCGCGCAAGGACUUUAUGUUGAUCGCGCUCGCAAACACCAACGGCUCCUUCACUUCGACCUUCUUCGGUGACUGGGAUAUGUCGGAUCACCUUGUGGAGGGCCCAGACGCCUCCAGGGACGUUUUGGAGUUGUUUGAGAGAAACUUUCCGGAUGCUAUUGAUCUUAUUGGCCGCGAUGCGUUGGUUCGCGCUUUUGCAACCAACCCGCGGGGUGCACUUGUGUGCACCAGCUGCAAGCCGUACAACUUGGCGGGCAAGGCACUCAUUCUUGGCGACGCUGCCCACUCUAUGGUGCCAUUCUAUGGCCAGGGCAUGAACUGCGGUUGGGAGGACGUGCGCGUGAUGAUGGAACUUCUCGAGGAGAGCGGUUUUGACACCCAUAAGGCGUUCGACAAGUACUCCGAGACCAGACACGAGGACUUGUUGGCAAUUUGCGAUCUUGCUAUCAACAACUACCGUGAGAUGGCGUCCAAGGUUGUCGAUCCGCUCUAUCUCUUGCGCAAGAAGAUUGACGGGUGGUUGUCGCGUGCGUUGGGUGAGCGCUUCUGGAUUCCGUUGUAUACCAUGGUGUCAUUUAGGGGUGACAUUCCGUACGCUCAGGUUGUAAAGCGUGAGGCCAGACAACAGCGCAUUUUGCGCCGGUUGGUGAACGGAAUUGUUGGUGGAGGAUUUUUUGCUGCCGUUGGGUGUUGGUGGUUGCAAAGAAAGCGUUAAUUCAAGGUUUGGUCUAAGGGAGUUGUCCCGAAGGCUAUGUGGAAUCUUCGGUCUUUGUCGUCGUCAGCCAACUAAAUUGUAAAUAGCAAACUUGAUAAGAAAUAAAAUAUAGCACAGGACUUUGGUUCUCGUUAAUAUAUGUAUAUAGUAGAAUUUUUGAUGUUAUCCCGUUC